AUGGCACCAGAACGCUCUUCUGCUAAAGUGCCCUCCUCACACACACUAUGGUCACCUUAUGAUACAAUUAAGGAUGUGGCGGAUGCUCUUGGGGUGACGAAUCAAAUGAACGAGGAAGUGGCUAAAAAUUUGGCCAUGGAUGUCGAGUAUCGAAUUCAUGAGAUCCUCGAGCAGGCGUUGAAAUUCAUGCGCCAUGGUAAACGAAAAACACUUAUUGUGCAGGAUGUUGAUCGUGCUAUGAAGGUAUUAAAUCUAGAGCCCUUGUAUGGUUAUGAUGUAUCCAGACCUCUUGUGUUUAAGGAGGCUAUGGUGGGUCCUGGCCAGAAUUUAUACUAUGUCGAUGAUGACGAGAUUGACUUUGAAAAGAUCAUCAACCAGCCGUUACCUAAAGUACCACGCUUCACCUCGUGUACUGCACAUUGGCUUGCCAUCGAGGGUGUGCAGCCAACUAUACCUCAGAAUCCUAGCCCUGCAGAAAUACGCCAGUUACCUCCUGCGCAGCGCGGCUCUAUGUACAACAUGUUGAGUCUUAACAACGAGGAUAUUGCUCUUGUGACGAAUCCUAAAACUGGAAUAACUACUUCAGAGCAACAUACAGAAUCGACAAAGAAAGAGAUGGAGGUCAAACCUCUUGUGAAACACGUUCUUUCCAAGGAGCUUCAAUUAUACUUCGAUAAAGCCAUUGCUGCUCUAGUGGACGAUUCAAAUGAGUCAUUGAAGGCGGCUACUUUGGAGUCAAUCCGUUCUGAUCCGGGCUUGCAUCAACUUGUGCCCUAUUUCAUUCAAUUUGUCGCAGAGACAAUCACUCACAAUCUCCAAAAUAUCGAUCUACUCACCAACAUGUUAAUGGUGAUCUAUUCUUUACUCACCAACAAAUCGAUUUAUCUGGAUCCUUACAUUCAUGCAUUAAUGCCUUGUGUCCUAACUUUACUCUUGGCCAAGAAGAUAGGCCCUCCCCAAGGGACUCCGGAAGAAUUGGAGCAGCAUCUUAAAGUGCGUGAACUAUCAUCCUCAUUGCUUGAAAAGAUAAUCUCUGAGUAUGGCUCUUCUUACAACACAUUGAAACCAAGGGUUACUAGAACUCUUAUGAGAGCGUUUCUAAGUAAUACCACCAAAAACUACGCCAGCACCCAGUUCGGUGCCAUCAAAGGUAUGAAAUCCUUGGGUCCCGAGGUGAUUCGAAUCAUUCUUGUGGCCAAUUUGAAAAAUUGGUCUACGCUCGUUCUUGGGCAUUUUGAGAAAUCAGACAAAAACAGAAAGAUACUCAUUGACCAAGUCAUACAGUGUCUUGAGGUACUCGCUCAAGAUGGUAGGCUAGUGGUGAAGGAUCAGAACAAAAGCAGCAAUGAAAUCACCGAUGAAAUGAAACAGAAGUUGACCGGUAGAGUCGGACAGACUGUAGCCGAAGCCAUUCUUGAGCUUGAUAAUGCUCAAGAAAUUUACUACGGUAUCUUCUUCGGUGAAGCUUGA